AUGGGAGGAAAAUUUUCUUCAAAUUGGACAAAAUCACGCAAGCAACGUUCUGCUCUUUUCGCAAAAUUUCUAAACAUACUACUUUACACAAAGUACAUUGACUUGGUACCCCAUUCAAUACUUUUAGAAGAUAUCCUAUUUCCAACUAAAAUGGACAAUUGGUCGGAACAAGAAUACAACAUUUGGUCAUUAUUAUUGAAUUUAUUAGAAGAACGAACUAGUAAAGGUUACAUAAACAAGGUGAAGCUAUACGAAAAAACUUAUCUUGAAAUGAAAUUUGUCAACGAACUUUAUGAUGAAAGUUUUAAAGAUCUAAUUGAUUGUUUAAACAAUGAUUAUUAUUAUUGGAAAAAUUCUCUAAAGAUUUUAGCAAAAAAUGUUCAAGAUGAUCUAAAAAGAUCAUUGCCCUCUUCUUCUAAUAGUGAUGAUAGUGAUGUUCAUUCAACCAUUUCAUCAUCGGUAGAUAUUCCUUUAUUACCGCCCAAGAAACAGUUUGGUGACCUUGUUCCUUUUGAAAAAGUUGAAGAAUUACUAAAAAAAGUUCAAUUACAAUUUGGGAUAAUAUAUAAAACGAAAGGUUAUAAGGCAUCUAAUAAGAACGUUUGGAUUUGGGAAAAAUCAAAUAGAGACACUUCCAUUUCUCCUUUAUUAAAAGUUGGAUAG